AUGCUGCUGUCGCCACUGGGUAAGCACAUUUUAUCGCGUGUCCAACUUUUUGACAUGUGUAUACCGGCUAUCAGAAACGGGUUUGUUUGUCAAAGGAGAAAAAAAAAUCUUGUUUUCCUGACACUCCUACAUGUGUAAGAGCCCUCGUGAAUAAGUGGUCUCCAUUGAUGGAUUAAUAGUAAUUUAAUAAGGCUUUAAUAGCAGCAAGAUCUAUUUACUAUAAUAAUAGCCCAGUGAUCAAACUCGUACAAAUGUCCAGUAUUUCCAAGUGUUUUAAUGGGGUCAUCGGGGAUUCAGGACAACAGAUGGACAUUUGCUCAAGCGAUGACAGUGUUUAUAUCUUUCCCAUCCAUUUGUCUCCGUGUGUUUAAGCUUACACUCUUUUAUUGUUCCACAACCAGAGCGUUUUUAUAAACGUGGCGACUGUCACUCUCUUUGGCCAUGAUUACCCCAUAGGUCUAUUAUGGCAAAAUGUAAGCUGCACUGCUCCUCGCUCGAGCCAUUACGCAGAAUUCUGUAUCUGGAAAGUCAGCUAAAAUGCGUUUAACGCGCCUCAUGCUUCAUAAAUCACGUUGUCCGUCUCCACUGUAGAGAGAACAGCUUCGGUUAACUGUUUCCUUCCUCUUUGAAACAGUGAUCAAAUAUAAACACCAUUAAGCCAUAGUGCAGGGGGUGAUUUGUAUAGAAUUGGUUUACUUGAACUUUAAAGCAUCGCUGAGUGCCCCAUUAAGAUACCGUGGAAAGUGCCAUAAUUGCUUUUGAAGAACUCCGUGCAAAUAGUCCAUUGAUGCACGCUAUCAAGGUAAAAGCCGCGUCGUCCUGUGCAGUUUAUACAUGAAGAAUAGGUAAAUCACUCCGAUCAUGUGGGCUCAAAAUGUUGCGUAAACGCUGCAGGUGAGCUCGCGGGGUUGUGGAGACACGCUCCACGCGCACGCCGAUUAAUUGAGUUCUGUUGCUCACUCCAACCUAAUUGAUUUACCGCGAGAGCUGUUGUUUAAUGGGGCGAACACACACCUGCUAAAGGCUAAUGGCCAGCAAACAUGGCGAGAGUGCAGCAGCGACCGCAGCAGCUCUGUGUUUGUUAUCGCCAAGGGCCCUUCGUGCGGGGACCACACGCGCUAAAUGGUGUUAAAUGAUGCAUUUACAGAAGUGUAAUGGGUAGGCUACAUUUUAAAAGUCAGAGAAGUGUAGACAAAUGAAAAAAAGAGGGUUGUGGAAAUAGACUAUGGUGUUUGAGCUUUUCACCCGAGUUUCCAAGACAACUGUCUCUCCUUCCAGGUCUCUUAUCUGGCAGGUCAACCAAUGUUUGCGCCCAUACAUAUCGAUUUAUCAGCCGCAGUGUGCAGACGAGAGAUAUAACCAUAUAAAUUGACGAUGUUUCAUUGUUUGAGGACAAUCCUACACGAGAAACAUGUUUCUUUCGUGCGCUCUAGACUUAUAAGGACCUCUUUAACCUUUUUCUGUGUGUGCAGGCAAGGUCUUGGGUCUCACAGAUUCACCUGUUCACUUGCCUGUUGCUGCGGUGGGGGGCAAACACAGGUGGAUGCCAGGUAAACGUUGCGGUAUUUACAGAGUGCCAUUGAUUUACGCGCUGACGGCCGUUCUGUUCAAUUUACUGAAAAAUCCCACAAGCUGCAGAAUAUCCUGGAAACUGAGGGCUACAAGUCUGCCGUUUUGAGCAAACAGUGAAACCAAUGGCUUUGGCGCUGCAGAGUCACAUGGUGGCAGAGUGACACACCUGUGUGGAGCAGUGAGGGCCUCGCAGUUGCGCCAGAGACUGGUAGAGCAGAACGUCCACGCCGAGGCAGGGCGCAGGUACGGUACAUGUGCGGGUCCACGGAAGCCAUGAAUCGGGAAGAUCAUUAUUAUCCUUCUCAGGUUUUUAAAGACUCCUGUGCUUACCAGAGAUCACAGGGGGAGGACUACAGCCACAGCCCGCCGCCCUGCCUCUACAUGAACAGGCAGGUCCACUCCGUCUACACACCGCCGGCCAUGGGAGCCUUGGAGCAGGCCAGCCUUCCUGACAUUGCCCCCUACAGCCUACCCAUGCGGGAGGAUCCAGGUGUUCCUCAGCUCCACCAUCCUCAGGGGCUCCAGCAGCAGCCUCUCCCUCCUGUUGCAGCCUAUGGAGACACGGGGGAACAGAGCAGAUAUCACCUCCCUUUCCCCUGGAUGAAAACCACAAAAUCUCACUCACACACUUGGAAGGGACAGUGGGCAGGACCAUACGUGAUGGCGGAGACUGAGGAAAACAAACGCACGAGGACGGCCUACACGCGCGCCCAGCUGCUGGAGCUCGAGAAGGAGUUCCUGUUCAACCGCUACAUCUCAAGGCCGCGCCGCGUGGAGCUGGCGCUGACCCUGAGCCUCACCGAGCGCCACAUCAAGAUCUGGUUCCAGAACCGGCGCAUGAAGUGGAAGAAGGAGGAGGACCGCAGGAGGGCGAGGGGGGCCGACCCGGACCAGGACUCCUCCAUCACCUCUGGAGACCAGGGGGAGGCCGCGGGAAGGGUCUCCUCUACGAACGGACCUCACACCACCUCACCCCCUGUUUCCCCGCUGCACGGUCACUCCCUCUCCGCUCCUGGGUCCAGAGAGCCAGCAUAGGCCCGCAGGAGGAUCUCAAGACUGGGACUUCAACUCAUAUUGCAGGGGUCUUUUUCAAAUCCACGUUUGAAGGCAGCCCCACCUGAGAGGAUGUAUAGGCUAUUUGUAGGAAUCCUUUAAAGAGUCAGAAUUAGGGCGAAAAUGGAGAGAGUGAAACCUAUAAGUCUCGCUUAGAGUUAAGGUGUGAGAUGGCAUUUAAAUCUGGCGCUAAUGUUCCAGGGACCCCCUUGAACUCUCUCUCAAGGACCACUUUAGCCCUCCUUAUUGGAUAUCAUCAGUCAUGUACUGGACUGAAGGGACAUUUUGUUUCAUUCCACUUCACCAUGCUUUGAGUUUU